CAUUGCCCGGGAGCCAUGGGAGGAGGCGCCAUUUCACGCCCCUAACCAGCCGCCAGCAACCGACCGGCAGGCAGUCACCUGGAAGGCGAACAGUCCGUCGCCUCGUCCGCAGUGGGCGUCCCAUUACCCGGCCCCGUCGCAUUUCUCUUGCCCGCUUCGAGUCAUGGAAGUGCCGGGAGAGCAGGCCUCCCCCGUCACGAGCGGCUCCGUGUAAAGCCUGGAGUUUUGACAGCUAACGCUAGCUAGUAUGUGAGCUAGCCUCUCCGACGUCUGUCGGCGAAACGGAUCCCAUCCCUGCCCCGGGGUUGAGGUGGGACACUUUUUGAUUGUUUGUUUGUUCAAUUGUGGUUGAGACCACCGACUCAUCGCGCUUCCUUCCAAUUAUUUUGGUCGAAAGCAAGGCGAAGACACAAUUUGACUGCGUUGGCGACGCCUGUCCAAGUGAACGGAUGCGUGAGGACAUGUCGGCCGUGGUGCGCGCCAAGGCGGAGGAGGAGCCCGGCGAGAAGCUGUCCCAGGAUGAGAUCAUCUCGCGCACCAAGCAGGUGAUCCAGGGCCUGGACGCCCUGAAGCAGGAGCACCACGCCAUCCUGGACGGCCUGCUGGCCACGCUGCGCUGCCUCAAGCGGGAUGAGGAAGGCGCGCCGGUGGAGGAGAAGUCGCACGUGAUCCGCAAGUCGCUGGAGAUGCUGGAGCUGGGGCUGGGCGAGGCCCAGGUGAUGAUGGCGCUCUCCGCCCACCUGAGCUCGGUGGAGUCGGAGAAGCAGAAGCUGCGGGCUCAGGUGCGGCGCCUGUGCCAGGAGAACCAGUGGCUGCGCGACGAACUGGCCGGCACCCAGCACAAGCUGCAGAAGAGCGAGCAGAGCGUGGCGCAGCUGGAGGAGGAGAAGAAGCACCUGGAGUUCAUGAACCAGCUCAAGAAGUACGACCAGGACCUGUCCCCUUCCGAGGAGAAGGACGGCGAGUCGAGCAAGGAGACUCUGGAUGAUCUCUUCCCGGAUGAUCAUGACGACCAGGCGCAAGGCAUCCAGCCGGCCCACGGCAGCGCGGCGGCCGCGGCGGCCGCCGCCCAGCAAGGCGGCUACGAGAUCCCGGCCCGCCUGCGCACGCUCCACAACCUGGUGAUCCAGUACGCCUCGCAGGGCCGCUACGAGGUGGCCGUGCCGCUCUGCAAGCAGGCCUUGGAGGACCUGGAGAAGACGUCGGGACACGACCACCCGGACGUGGCCACCAUGCUCAACAUCCUGGCCCUCGUCUACAGAGAUCAGAACAAGUACAAGGAGGCCGCCAACCUGCUGAACGACGCGCUGGCCAUCAGGGAGAAGACGCUGGGCCGGGACCACCCCGCUGUCGCCGCCACGCUCAACAACCUGGCGGUGCUGUACGGCAAGAGGGGCAAGUACAAAGAGGCGGAACCGCUGUGCAAGCGUGCCCUGGAGAUAAGAGAGAAGGUGCUGGGCAAGGAGCACCCGGACGUGGCCAAGCAGCUCAACAACCUGGCGCUGCUGUGCCAGAACCAAGGCAAGUACGAGGAGGUGGAGUACUACUACAUGCGGGCGCUGGAGAUCUACCAGACCAAACUGGGACCCGAUGACCCCAACGUGGCCAAAACCAAAAACAACCUGGCCUCCUGUUACCUCAAACAGGGCAAAUUCAAGGAGGCCGAGACGCUCUACAAAGAAAUCCUCACACGGGCCCACGAGAGGGAGUUUGGCUCUGUAGACGGCGAGAACAAACCCAUUUGGAUGCACGCCGAGGAGCGGGAGGAACAAAGCAAGGGCAAGCAAAAGGACGGCUCGCCUUUCGGAGAGUACGGCGGCUGGUACAAAGCUUGCAAAGUGGACAGCCCCACCGUCACCACCACCCUGAAGAACCUGGGCGCGCUCUACAAGCGGCAGGGCAAGUUCGAGGCGGCCGAGACGCUGGAGGAGGCCGCCGUGCGUUCCAGGAAGCAGGGUCUGGACACGGCGCACAAGCAGCGCGUGGCCGACGUGCUGUGCGAGCCCGAGGCCCGCGAGAAGCAGCGCAGCCGCGAGAGCUUGAACUCGGACACGGUCAAGUACGAGAGCGGGCCCGACGGCGGCGAGGAAGACGGCUCCGGCGCGCUGAAGCGCAGCGGCUCCUUCAGCAAACUGCGAGCGUCGCUCCGCCGCAGCAGCGAGAAGUUGGUGCGCAAGCUCAAAGGCGGCGGCGGCAGCGGCGAGCCCAAAAACCCCGGCUUGAAACGAGCCAGCUCACUCGGUGUUCUGAACGUGAGCCGGGAGGCAGCGCCAAGUGAGAAUGAUGACCAAGAACCAAAUCAUCGUUUGAGGAAGAGUCGUGACCUGAGCGCCAGCCACGCCGACCUGGCGCGUUGAGGCCCGCUACCACGGCACGUCGUCACGCGCUGCUUAACGACUAGUAAAUAUGACAUUUUACACUUUGGGUCCAAAGUUUGCUGGUGGGCGCAACGUGGCUGCUGAAAUAGACCCUGAGGUCUAUUUCCAUGUCACUCUUUACUGUCACACUCGAUAGCGUACCAGACUAGCGCCACGAUAAAAAAACAAAUUGGUAGGACAUUUUUUUGCAAAUGACGAUAGUUGGCCUGCAGCCACAUGAAGACGACGGGCAUGCUCCCCGUCAUCCUCUCACGCACUGACUUGUUACUUUCCAGGAGAAAGGUGAUUUCAAAGAAAUACUUAACCGGGAACAAAAAAAAAUGAAAGUUACACGUCUCGUCGUUCAACAGGCGGCACCAAAAAAAAUCCAAUUACAGCAAAAAGUUUUAGAAGUGAACAUUUCACUUCCAAAAAAGCACAUGUAUCCUCAUGAGGAAAAAGAAGUUUUGAAAAAUGUAAAAAAUACUUCCGAAUGUUACCAAAUUACACCAAAAAAAAGAAAUGGAGACUCAUCCCAAUAAAGUUUAGAGAUUACAAGAAAAAAAGUUGCAAUUUUGUGAAAAAUAUUCCAAGAACAAGAUGGAAUGUUUGAAGAAAAAAAGGUGUACUCUCGGCAAAAAAAACAGUUGAAAAAAAUGAAAAUACGAGGUCGUCAUUUUAGAGAAAUAGGCGAAGGAAAAAAGUCAUCAAUCGCCGAUGUAUAAAUUUUGGCAAUGCCUGACAUCAAACUUUUCUAUGUGGAAUUUUACCAAAAAAAUUACAUUUUAUAAUUUUCUUUCAUUUUCAUUUUGCAAAUGUAAUUGCCGUGUGAGUAUGAGCAGCAACAACAACAACAAAAAAGUCGAGCAACUGAACUUGAACUUAUGGUCUUUGGCGUACAAAUCUUCCACUUGGACUGGCUCACGUAACGUGACACUUGUUUUGCAGGAAUCCUUUUUUUUCGUUCAUUGUUCCUGAUGAUUUUGCUACUUUUGCAGGGCUGUGCAAUAAUUUUGCUUGUUUGUCUGAUGUUCAUGUGCCCGAAUGUGGCUGAUGGCUGCCAUCUUCAUUUCCCCUCAACGAUAUAUUCGAAAGACGCACCAUUUGUGAAGUUCAAGCGACUGUUGAUCGGUCUUUUUGUUUUGUGACGGAGAGGAAUUGGGGGGUCGAUGCACUGACAAAUAACCAAUAGCAGCAGCAGGCGCACUGCGAUGAUGUCAUGAAUGUAUAGUCACAGGAAUUCCAUACAUGGACAUGUUUGAAAAAGCCCUCACACGCAAAACUACACAUUGCGAGCGGCAUCGAGUUUGUGCGAAAUGUGAGUAGCAUGAUUAUGUAGUCAUGUUGUUGAUGAAUAAAAACGCGGUGUGCUUUGUUGUCCA